UACCGGAAGUACGGCUCGACGUAGUAGCACGAACGUACCGUACGCGCUUCCAUUUUCUCGAGUCUUUCGGCGAGCGGAACACGUGCUUCGUCGCCGGUUCCUCGCGCACACGGCACGCUUCGAUACGUGCGAGAAAUCGCGUGAAAACUCGUCCCAUAGAUUCAGACGUAUUUCGCUUCGACGUCGCUUAUCGGCGCGUUUGCGUUUCGCGUGUACAGCAGAGGUUAAAGAAACAUGAACGCCGAGAAGCUGAAGAAACUUCAGGCUCAAGUGCGGAUCGGUGGCAAGGGCACACCACGACGCAAGAAGAAGGUGGUGCACGCAACCGCUGCUACAGAUGACAAAAAGUUACAAAGCUGUUUAAAAAAGCUCUCUGUAAAUACGAUUCCAGGCAUCGAGGAAGUCAAUAUGAUCAAGGAUGAUGGAACGGUUAUUCACUUUAAUAACCCGAAAGCUCAGGCCAGUCUGUCUGCCAACACAUUUGCCAUUACUGGUCAUGGCGAAAACAAACAGAUAACAGAGAUGUUACCAGGAAUAUUGAGUCAACUGGGACCGGAGGGUCUGACACAAUUGAAACGAUUAGCAAGUACAGUCGCUGGCAGCGCUGUUGGUAAGACCACGUUGGAAGAGGACGACGAGGUGCCCGACUUGGUAGAGAAUUUCGAUGAAGCCAGCAAAGAGGAGGUUGCCCCAAAGAAGGAGCUCGAAGAAAAUGACAAACCUAAUGGCGAGAAGAAAGAUGCCGUUAUCAUUGAAGAAAAGAAAGAAGCUCCAUUAGCUACAUCCGAAGCUUAAGAAGGUGUUUCAUACAACAGAUAGUUGUAAUUGGCGAGUCAAGAGAAUUGGCGAGUGCAAGUUGCAAAGGCAGUGAUGCGUAACUAUACAUACAUUACAGAUACUUGACAUACCCUAUAAUACCUUCUAAUAUAAGUAACAGUCGGUAAAAAAUAAAAAAGCUGUUACAACAAUCAAAGAUGUUCCGGCGAUGUUCUUUUUAUCACUUUGGUGCUAUCACUAAAGAGACGGUCUCCGCUUCGAAUUAGCCGUUGCUCACCUCAUUUAGACUUGAUUAUCCACUAUUUGGGUUAAUAUCGUGUGGCGCUUUAACCGUUUGUAAUGUAACCGAAACUCGAGUAUUUAGCUCAGAGUUACAAAAUUGUAACUGAGAAUCAAUAUUGUAUUACGAAUUUUGUUAUUAAUACACAUUGAUGGAUGGAGAUGCUUUAAUCCUUAUUUUCCAGAAAUUGCAUUAAAUUUGAUGUAAUUACGUUACAUUGAGUCUUUAUUUUAUCAUAAAUAGAUAAAAUGUAAGUAAUAAUAAUAUGAAUUAGUAGUAAAUUAGUAGAAAGUUCGGUCACUGAGGGAUCUUUAAUCUAGUUCACGAUAAAAUCAUGUCUACAGAGUGUCCUAUCAUGUUAACUUCUCUGUAAAUAUCUGAGAUGAUAUUUAUAGAAAGAUUUUUUAGAUAACUUUCAAUUUCUUCUCAUCAGUGAGCAUUGCAUUCUUCUUUACUCGGUAUUUUGAUGAAUUGAAGGUCGAUUAUUUCAAGAUUCUGAGAACAAUUUGCUUCUUUAAUGUUUCCAAAUUUGCGAUUUUAAAUAUCUUUGUUAAUGCGCUUAAAGUGAAAUUUUUCACUAAAUAAAAACUAAGAUACUAUUAUGUUUUUACAUAUUUGUAAAGAUUCAGAAACCGAUUUUACAUUCAUCAAAAUUAAAACGAGUAUAUACAGAAAAGAAAACAGAUACGAUAGAAUAUUUUAUAUGAGACGCUCUGUAUAAGGCACGAGAAUUUAUAUAGAAAAUAGAGUAAAUAAAUGGCAUAUUGAUACACAUCCAAUUUGAUCGAAAACAAAUUGAUUAUUGCAUAUAUGGCCAGUAGCCGUACUUUUACAGUAACUAGCUUUCAAUUAGAAAAAUGGAAUGUAAUAUUUUAUGAUGUGAUUAUAAUAAAUUUAUAAUAAAUUUGUUUGGCUUUUUCAUGGAAGCGCGGUUUUCUACUUACACUUUUCGCGUCUCGCGACGCAUUGUACGAUAUACUGGCAAGCUCUCGAUGUUUAUAUCUUCAUUUAUAGGUUGUAGAUCUGUAAGGCCGAUGUAACAUGAAAAAUAUACUAUUAAGCUACA